AUGGAGUUGGCCAAGGGUAAAGAUGGCACUCAAGAAGAUACAACAGAUACAUCUGGUCUAGAAACUUUGACAGCAUCUGAUAUCAGUUCAGACACCAUCAUGCUGGAUAAUAAACUAGGAACCUAUAAUGGACAGUCACCCUCCCCAAGUAUGGAAGAUCUAAGUGCCAGUUCUUCUGUCACAGAACAAACUGCUACUCUAAAUGAGUCUAUGAAUGACACAGAAAAUGUUGAAACAUCAAUAUCUAUUCUCUCGAGUGAGAAUAUCAUCUCAGGGACAAGCUCUCAAGUGAGCACUACUGACUAUGACAUUAGUAGUAUUUCUACAACACCUGUAGCAUCAUAUGAAGCUUCUACUAACUCCCAAACAGAAAGAGAUGAAGCUAGCACAGCAACAUCUAAGCUAAAUACAGAACUUAUUAUGGAAACUGCUAUCGACAAAGAGAGUAACUACAAUACAGAUAGCUCCCAUGAUAGUUACAGGACUGCAGUAACAAUGGAAGAAAAUAUAGGUCUUGUGUCAAGUUCAUUAGAUAGAUUUUCAACAUCAGUAACUACUGAUACUGAAGAUGUGUCUAAGGCAUACACUUUUUCAGAAUCAUCUUCAUUUACUAAUACACAUAGUGCUGGAAGCUCAGGGGUGAUACCUGAUACUGAAUUUUCUCAAGCUACACAAAGUGUUAGCACACUGGAUUCAUUGUUUACUACCCAGCUUAGUGCCAGUACAUCAUAUCUAAUGGAAGAGUCAAGGACAGGUGCUACGUAUGCAGAGAGUGCUGGCACUACAGAUGGGACAAGGACUUAUGACGAAUGGACUACAUUAGUAUCUGAAGUUACUGAACCUAAUAUAUCUGCAGAAAGCAAAGUUUACUCAACUUCUUCAUUUAGAAAUAGUCCAGAACAAAAUACUAAUUUUCUCUAUUCAACAAUAUUGACCCCCAACAGUGGUUAUACAUAUACUACAAACAAGGUAUCAAUGACAUCGUUAAAUGAUAGUUUUUUGAGUACCAAGCCACUGUCUAGCACAACUCUAAAUAGUAACACAAAUAAAGAGAGUACUUUAAAAACGUCCCCAUUUCUAUCAUCAAUAGAUUCAUUAAAUACAAAUGGUAACCUAUACACAAACAUGAUUUCUACAACAGUUUUUGAGAACAAUAUAUCUCAAUCAACAAGUGAGUUUGUUAGAGAUACUUUGUCCACAAGGGUAUUUGAAGAGACUAAUACAGAAACACCUAUAACAAAAGAGUGGUCAUCAGAUGUUAGCAGUACAACAAGUGAACCAUUAAGCAGAUCAAAAGAAACUAUUGUGCUUGGAAGCACAGUCAUAACUUUUACUUAUGAUACAGAAGAAACAGAUACAACACCUGAGGGUACAGAAAAAACAGAUACAACCAAUCAAAAAGAAACAAUCUCUUCUGUGCCCUCUAUUUCUACUACCUCUCUUGUUACUGACAUUAAAAGUCAACAAAAAACAAAUAGCAACCCUAUAUCCAAUUUACUUACAGCAAUAUCCUUGGAUACAUCCUCACCUCUAACAGGGACCAAUGGUGAGCAUUUAUCCGGCACCAUUACUAGUCAGAUUCCCACCACCUAUUCACAACAAGCAAACACUGAAAAAUAUGGUACAAGUGAACAAUUGUCCAUCCCAAUGACGGAAAGUACAACAUUUACAACCUUAAGUACAUCAGUAUCUACUGAUCAAUUGUCUACCACAAAUGGCAUGACUUAUAAUUCAUUACCACUUAUAACAGAGCAAACAAAGACAAUAACAAAUGAUAACACUGUUGAGGUUUUGGCAAGCAAAAUGUUCACUUCUGAAGCUAUCACACAAGAAACAAAUAUGAAAAAUGAUAUCACUAAGUUACAGAAAACAAAUCCUUCUGAAUCAGUCAGUGCACAAGCAGAGAACUCAACUCCUGUUUUGGAAUCAACAAAUUCAUUAUUUACAGACACAGAUGAAAAUAGAUUAAGCACAGGCGUUGAUACUGUGAGUUCUUCAUUUGCAGAGACAACCAUUGGAAUUGCCUCUCCUUUCACAGAGCAAACUGGUACCAUUGUUUCUGAAUUCACUCAGUUUCCAUCACAAAACAUAAAAUUAUUUACUGAACAAUACUUUAUAACUAGUGAUGCUACAGGUAGCUCAGUCCCAUCUAUGUCAGUAUCAUCAACAUCUUUGUCAAUGGGAACACAGUUGGUUAGUGAGACAUUGCCAGAAGGGAUAGGCAGUAUGGUAGAUACAACUGAGUCACCAAACUUAAUGACUGGAAAACAAGAAAGUUCCACACUGAAAUCUUCAACUUACCAGUCAUUUGAUACAGGUGCAAGCAAGACAACAGCAAUUACAAAUAAUGAUUUUGUGACUUCUUCAAUGGAUUUGUCUUCAAGGGACUUAUCAUCUGCUAUUACAAAAGUCAAAGAUGCAAGUGAUUUUGUUUCUAGUGCAUUGGUUGGGGCUAAAAUAUCUACACAGAUUUCAUAUGAACAGACAACUACCAAUGUUCCCCAAAGCUCUGCAAUUACUGGAACAAUGCACAUAACUAGUGACAUUACUGAUGGGACAUCCUCACUAAUGAAAGUAUCCUCAGAAUCACUAUUGACACUAAGUAAUGACAGCACUGCAGAUACUUUCACUAGUAGCAAGUAUGUUUCAGAAGCAUCCACAAUGGGGACAAGCAUUUUGGCAGCAAUAUCAACGAUAAAUCCUUCUGGAAUGCCCAGUGAAAAAGAAGAUACCUCCCCAUUUGCAUCAACAUCUACUCAGGCAUAUUUUACUGCCACUAGUGAAAAAGCAUCAAACCCAAAUUAUAAUGCAGUGACCUCUUCAUUCGUUUCAUUUGAACAUUCCCCUGUUACAAAAGAUAAUAAUCCUAGCAUUGCAUUUUCUAAUACAGUGCCUGAAACUACUCAUCUUACAACCCAGCUUUCAUACAACCCUAAAGCUACAGUUUUUCUCCAAAGUAUGCCAGAAACCACAGAAGAACUAUCAUUAAUGACAGUAUCCUCAACAAGAACAGAUAUGAAUACCAUGGAGUAUUCACCAGGUACAAGGUUUGUUUCUGAAAUACCCUCUUUAGGAACAAGUAUUAUAAAAGAUGUAACAGAGCCAACAAACAUAAAUCCACUUAGAACAACCAUAACAGACAUUUCAUCGUCUAACCUAGUAGGAACUGAUUCAUUGUUUACUGAUGCUUCCAAAGACCCUUUGAGCACAAAUGCUGAUGUUAUGUCCUCUACAUUUGUUGAAACAUCCACUAGCACAUACUCAUCUGUCACAAAAGACAGUGUCACUGCUUCUUACUUUUCAAGUGCAGCAUCUGAAAGCAUUCCAUUCACAUCUAGAUCUACAUCCACAGACAUGGAACAAAUACAAACCACUAGAAAUGUGAUAGAUAGUUCAACCCCAUUGAUAUCAUUAUCACCAGCACAGGUAUUAAUAGGAACAGAUCAUAGCACUAUGGAAACAUUGGUCAGUAACACGUUGGUACCUGAAGCACAAUCAUUGGGGACAAUCUUUAAGACUGACAUGACAGAAUCAUCUAAUAUUAAUCCAUCUGUAUCUCCCCAGUCAGCUGGUUUGAGUGAAAAAACAUUAAGCCCUAGCGCUAAAUAUAUGACCUCUUCAUUUCUUUUGUCAUCCUUUGAUACUUCUGUUACUGCCACAAAAGACAGUGGUUCUCUCACUUAUUCCUCUAAUGCAGUACCUCAUGGGACUCGGUUAACAUUUACUGGCACAGCUACUCCCUCUUAUAAGAGCGUAACAGCAACUAAUGAACAAAUACUCAGCUCUACUGAGAGAAUAGGAGAGUUUUCAACAUUUGUGACUUCGCAUAGACCUGAAAUAACAAGCACAGAUGAUAAUACCAUUGGAACCUUAGCCAGUACUUGGUUUGAUUCACAAAGUAUUACAAGCAUUAUGAAAGAGAUAACACAGACAACAGAUAGGAACGAAGAAACUUUUACUUCAAAAGCAGUGAGCCCAGCACCAAUAUCACUUAAUGCAAACUCAUUUCCCACUGGAAAAUCUGAUUUUUCUUCCAGCAAAACUUCUGAUACUAUGACAGACACUAUGUGGUCUUUGGCUAGCUCCAAAAUUGAGACAGAAUUACCAACAUUAGGAACAAGCAUUAUGAAAGAUGUAACAGAAUCAAAUCCUUUAGAAACUGUCAUGACAAUAAAAGAAAGUUCACAUCCUAUAUUUGGAACGACUAAAUCAUUUCUUACUGCCACAACCAAAGAACCUUUAAGCACAGUUUCUGAUACUAUGACCUCUUUACACAAUGAAAAAUCUGCUGAUGCAUUUUCACCUGUUACAAGAGAUGGUAGUGACAGUUCUUAUUUUUCAAGUGCAGUAUCUGAAAGUAUGACCCAGUAUACACCAACAACCAUGGAACAAUUCUCAACCAUUGACAAUGUGAUCGAUAACUCAACCCCUCUCAGAUCAAUGUCUUCAACAGAUGUAUCGACAGAAGCAGAUGGUAACAUGAUAGGAACAUUGUCUAGUACCACAUUUGAUCCUGAAACACAAACAUUUGGAACAAGCAUUAAGAUUGAUAUAGAUGUGUCAUCUAAUGUGAAUCCAACUGAACAAGUUAAUACAAAUGAAAAGAGCACAUCUGAAUAUAUAUCUCCACAGUCAACUAAUAUUGGUUCAAGUGAAAAGCCAUUAAGCACUAGUGCUAAUGUUGUGACCUCUUCAUCCCUUUUGUCAUCCUUUGAUACAUCCAUUCCCACCACAAUAGAUGAUGGUCCUAGUGCUUAUUCCUCUGCUGCAAUUUCUGAAGGGAUUUUGUUAUCAUCUCCUUUUCCAUUUAGUGGGACAGUGCCCACCUCUCAUCAGAAGUUACCGGCAAAUACAGAACAAAUACUCAGUACUAGUGAGAUAAUAGGUGACUCAUCAACAUUUGUAACAGUAUCCCCAAGACCAGAACUUGCAAAUACAGGUGAUAAAACCAUUGAAACUUUAGUUAGUACAUGGUUUGCUUCACAAAAUACAGUGGUGACAAGUAUUACAAAUGAGAUAGCACAGACAAUGACUACAAACCCAGAAACAUUUACUUCAAAGGCAAUAAGCCUAGCAUCUGAAAGUUCACUUAGCAAAACUGCUGAUGUUAUAAAAGAUGUAACCACUACUGGGUACCUAGCCAGCACCAAGUUUGCUUCAGAAACAUCCGCAUUAGAGACAAGCAUUAAAAAAGAUGUAACAGAAUCAACAAAAACAAAUCCAACAAACACAAAUCCUUAUGAGAUCAUUCACACAAUAGAAGAAAGUUCAUCUAACUCAUUUUUCACUGACACAACCAAAGAACCUUUGAGCACAAUUUCUAAUAUUAUGACCUCUUCACAUGUUGAAACAUCCACUGCCAUAUCUACACCUUUUACAAGAGAUGGUGGCACUAGUUCUGAGUUUUCAACAGCAUCAGAAGUGAUUACAUUAACAACCAAAACUACAUCAACAACCAAGGAACAGAUCACAACCACUAACAAUAUUAUAGGCAGCUCAAAUCCACUAAUAUCAAAGUCCUCCACCCAUUCCUUAAUAGUGACAGAUGGUAAUACACUAGACACAUUGGAAAGUGCCACGUCUGUCCCUGAAACACAAAAACUGUGGACAAGCAUUGAGAGUGCAGUAACAGAGUCAUCACAUAUAUAUCAAACUGAAACACUUACUUCAAAAAUAGAAAGCACAUCAACUGUACCACCAUCUACAUAUUCAUUGUUCAAGGGGACAUCUGAAAAUUCUUUGGGUACAACUGACAAUGUUAUGACUUCAUCACAUAUUGAUCCCUCCACUGUAUCUCCUUCUUCAUCUCAGUCAACAUCAAACAAUGGUCUUAGUUUGCCUUUUUCAAGUUCAUUGUCAGAUAUUUCUCAGUUUACAGCCCAAACUUCUUUAAGUAACACAUCUACUAUUGCUCCUCAAAGUAUACCAACAACCACUGAACAACUGCUUGUCACUCAUGAUACAAUAAAUGGCUCAUCCCCAAUUACAGUGUCAUCAGAACCAUCAAUAACAAGAACAGAUAAUCAAACAGUAAAGACACUGGCCACUACCAAGAUAAUUUCUGAAACUCACAAUUCAGGGACAAGCAGUAAUAAGGAAGAUAAUUCUCCUAUAGCCAUGUCUGCCCAUUCAAGCUUUGCUGGCACAAGUGAAAACACAUUUGGCUCAGAAAUUAAUAUAACAAGCUCUCCUUCUGUUUUGACUUCACAAAAUACAAACACAUUAGCCACAGAAGAGAGUGAUUCUAGUGUUACUUUGUCAAGUGUGACAUCUAAAGUUACUCAGUCUGAAACUAAUAUUCCAUUUAGUUAUACAGCUUCAAACUCUUACCAAAGUAUUACACCUGGUGUCACUGGUUCAUCAUCAAUUGUUACAGCAUCUUCAGAAACAGCAAAACAAACAACAGGACAAAAAACUAUCAACACUUUGGCCAGUACAUUUGCAUCUGAAACAUACUCAUUGAGCACAAACACUAUUGAAGCUAUAGCCGGGAUAUCAAGUACACUGACAAAAGAAAAAGAAUAUAGCUCCACUCCUGUAUCUUCACAAGUAGGAUUCUUUGCAACAAGUGAAAAACCAGUGACCUCUUCACUGGCUCAGACUUCAUUUGAAACAAUGUCACCUUUCACAGGAGCUACUGGAACCCUUGAUCAUUUUUCUGAAUCAGAAAGUACUCAGUUUACAACUACACACACCUCAGCAAAAACUAAGCAAAUCAUAGCUAGCUCAUAUUCACCCAUUUCAAUACCCUCAUCAUCAGCAGCAGUUAAUGAAGCAGACAGUACCACCAGGGUUAAUAAUAAUAAUAAUGUUACCUCUGAAACAUCAACAUUAUGGACAAUCUCUACUGAAGUUAAUACAGAGGUAUCAGAUAUGAACUCUGAUAGAACGAGUGUAAGAGAAACAUCUUCACUUGUCACAGAAGAUAGUGCCUUUAGUACGCAUUCUUUUAGUGCACUUUCUGAAAUCUCUCAGUUUACAACUCAAGUUCCAACUAGUACUUUGAAUACCAACUUUAUCAAAAGUUUACCUGCAGCCACUGGACCCGUAGCUAGUCCUACUUCUUCUACAGAGUUUCCCAGUCCUUCUGUAACUGCCAAUCUGAAACUGACUACUUUUAAAUCUGAAACUUCAAUUGAUGUAACUGCUAACAUUGAGGAAUCAUCUAUAAUUACAAAGAGUACAACCAGUGGAACAACUGCAGGAACGUACACACAGGAUACUAGUGCUAAUUUUAUUAGCACAAGUCUACCGCUUGCCACAGUUACAUAUGAAACAGAACAAACAGAGACAACUAUCUACACUUCAUCCACAUCUCAACAGAUCAAUCCUACUCAAGAAUUAAAAACAUCAAACAUUAUGACUCUCCCCACAGAAGGAGGUACAAUUGUUUCAGUUCCUCAUACCAAACCAGAUAGCAAUGAACAAGCCACUUUUGCAAGUAGUAUUACAUCAACCACAAGCUCGACAAAAGUUGGGUCCAGCAACAUUGAAUUGUCUACAUCCAGCACAAUUGCGAACGUAUCUCCUACUUCUAUUACAGAUGAAGUUGUUUCACAAAGUAAUCCAAAUGCCACUAUUCCCUUAACAAUUUCAAGUACAAGCAAAAAGGAUCAAAGCUCAAACAGUACCAUUUUUACAGAAGUCACUCAAACUUUUACAAAUAAUAUAUCAAAUUCUGACCCAUCUACCAGUAAAAACACCAUAACUCCAGGGUCCAUCAACACUAGUACCAUUUCCACAACUCCUAUUACCACAACUACUAAAACAACAAAUCUAGAUUAUACUCUUGGCACCACUAGUAUUAUGUUAGAUAAUUCUACCAAACUUGCACCUGAAACAAAUACCACAAAGGGCCCAGCAGUAGACACAGCCACAGAUACUACACCAGAAAUGACUAAAGGGCAGUCAAAUAUCACUUUAACACCUACAAAUGAAAGUUCAACCUCAGAGACAACAACAUCAAGAUUGUCAAUAAUAUCAGCAAUGACAACACCCUCAACAAUAUCAACUAUAUCAACAAUCUCAACAAUUAAAUCAACUUCUGCAAUAUUAACAACACUAGGUGAGACAACACCAACAAAAACUUCCAUUAUAUCAGCAACCUCAGCAAUGCCAACACCUUCAACAACCUCAGCAAUGACAAUACCCUUAACAACUUCAACAAUAUCAACGACUUCAGAGAUAAUAGCGCCCUCAACAACUUUAACAACUUCAGAGAUGACAACACGUUCAACAACUUUAAUAAUAUCAACAACUUCAUUGGUGACAAAGCAUCCAACAACUUCAACAACGUUAACAACCUCAUUGAUGACAACUCUUUCAACAACAAAGCCAGUAUCAACAAUUACAACACAUAAAUCAUGCGAGCAAACAACCGUUUCUAUAGAGCUAAAGAGCGUAACCAGUGAUAUGAUUGAACUAACACUUAAGAAUCAAGGAGGCCCAGAUAAUUUGCAAUACAAGCUGACAUUACAACUAGACAGCAAUGUCGUAGAAGAAACAAUUACCUCCAAUUCAACAGUGAUAUUUGAAGGUCUUUUUCCUUCUUACAAAUAUGAGGUAUCCGUUCAGUUGGUUGAAUGUCUAGAGAAAAGAAACUUUACUUACAGUGUAUGGACAGCUGGCAAAAUAUUUAUCGCACAAAUCAGAAUAACAAGUGAAAACUUCAAACCUGCAUAUUUGGAUAAGACUAGUGCAGCAUUUAAAGAUUUUGAAAGCAACUUCCAAAAUGAGAUAAAGAAAUAUCUUGAGGCGAGAAUCCUAGCCUUGUUCAACUCAGGAAAGAUGCGCAUUGUAAUAAACAGUCUUCAAGAGGGAAGUGUCAUCGUAAACUAUGAUAUUGUGGCCAAUAAUGAGGAAAAUCUUACAGUUCAAAAUGUUUCAGAGAUAUUUACAAACGCUCUAAACCAAAGUACCGUCUUAUCAUUUGACCAGUCAUCUUUUCGCUUUGAAGGUAUGAACAUUGUAUGUAGGAUGCUUUUACACUAUUAA